CUUCAUCCAUUAAAAGUGUGCUCAUUUACUACAAAAUUCAAGGUUGAAGAAGGAACACUGAGCUUAGACGUURAAAAAUGGAUUUCUGGUCGGCAGCGKUUACACUUGCUUUUGUCCUAUUUAUGAUUUUCCAGUACAGCGUCAGCUACUACAAUCGCGAAGCAGGACUCCUUUUCGAUUCCUACCCGAAGCAAAAACUCUCUCUUCCAAACGACUUGGAAGGCGUUAAGCYUAACAUGUCAUUUAGUGUUAAAGACCAGAUGGACUGUGUAUUUGCGUGUAUCAAUGUUCCGUGGUGCCGUUCGGUGAAUUUCCAGACGAUGCCCCUWAAAAGCGGUCUUUACUUCUGCCAGCUUUUAUCGUCGGAUCAAUUUACACGCAGGGUCUACUUGAAGAAGAAUAAAUUGUAUCGCCAUUACAGUGUCAAGAAUGCAUGCCAGGAAAAACCAUGUGGUAUUGAUGCCGGUGAAUGUAUUCUUCAAGACAACAGACAGGAAUACCAAUGUAUUUGCAAAGACGGAUUCUAUGGACAAAAUUGUGAGACAGAUUUGGUUAAAGUUACAAGCUCUUCAAGUAAUUGUAGCUACUCAAGCUCUGGUAGAAAUGGAACGAUACAAUCACCAGGAUAUCCUGACUUGUACCCUAACAAUUUCAAGUGUAACUGGACCUUUCAAACGCUUGAACCUAACGGAAAAAUAAAAAUAACGUUUGACACGUUCAAAUUAGAAAACASUAAAUAUCAUGACCUAGUCGAUAUUUAUGACGGAUCGUCGUCUUCUGCUACUAGAAUCGGUCGAUACCACGAAAGAAACAAACCACGAACCAUCUCAAGUACUUCCUCGCACCUUUUCAUUACAUUCACCACUGAUGGCUCAGUCCAAGAAAAAGGUUUCAUUGCAAGGUAUCGGGGAUUUACCUCAUAGGCAAUSUGCAGYGACGCCAUUUUGUACAGCAAAGCAUGAUGGUAGUUGUAAUUUCUUUACAAUUUUUAAAAUGAUUUGGCAAAACCCGUUUUCGUUUGCAACGCCUUGCUUAUACCAAUUUUGACAACUUCAAAACAGCUGUUAUUAACAGUUUUGUCAUUUACUUGAUAUUAGCAUAUGAUCAUAGUUAGUAUGAUAUGAUGAAAGGUAUUUAUCCUAGAUAACAAUACUUUUGAUUAAUGGUAAAAUCAUUCAUAAAUAUCUAAUAAACUGAUGCAAGCCAGAGGCGAAUCCAGCAUUUUAUAAGGAGGUGCCUUUGUCAGUAAUAUAUGGCUAAAAACUAAGUCUAGCAGAUGGAACUGAUCAUUUUUGUUAGCUGCGUAUUGUCUAGAGGAAGAAAAUUAUGCACAACUUUGACCGGAAGCAAAUUGACUUUUAUUGCACCRUAUUUUUGACUACACUACUAAAUAAAUUGUUAAGCAGCAUAGUGGUAGACACAUAUGUUGUGUAUUCUCUGUAUAGACAACACUACAGAAACGUUUAUACUGAUAUAAAUUAGGUCGUCCAAAAAAAGUCCAAAAUGAUAGGWAACAGAAAACAACUUUUUUGUAUAUUUCAAACAAUUCCUUGUAKGUAGUGACUAUUACAGGUUUAAGGUUUUAUUUGUUCAGGCUAAAUUUAUUUGUAUAGUACAUUCAGGUCUGUACUGCUCUCGACCAAAGAAUAAGUAUUAUUUUGCUGAAUGUAAAACUUUGGACAGUAAACACAGGUAGCCCAAGCUAAGCAUUUGUGUUGCUUAUAUUACCGUCUGGUGAAGAUAGAGGGAACAGUCAUAAAUCUCUCAAUCUUGCCGCAAAAAAUGACCUUUAACUUCACAGAAACGUAAAGAAAAACACAACAAACAAAGAGUGRUCAUUUU